AAACUUAUGUAUUCAAAUUUGUUUAGAAUAAUAUAAGUACAAAAUUUAAUUUCUCAUAUACCUAUAGUGCAUUCGUUUAGAAAUUCCGGUCCAGAGUAUUCAUCUGCGCAUUGAUUUUCGUCGGCAAAUGUUUCAAAAUCUUGGCUUUCGGCAUCUGCAAACAUUAUUGCUUUUCGGCACGAUGUCGGUUGUGUAUGCACUGCGCGUUAAUCUUUCGGUGGCAAUCGUUGUGAUGACAGAUAAACAAUCAAACCCAGAUUUUGAAGAGUACGCCUGGAGCGAACACAUAAAAGGUCUGUUGCUCAGUUCAUUUUUCAUUGGCUAUGUGAUCGCACAAAUACCUUGCGGCUAUUUGUCGCGUAAAUGCGGCGGCAAAGUACUUCUGCUCAUCUGUCUCGUGAGUUGCUCACUGUUGGCCAUACUGACGCCAGUUUGCGCCACCAUUGGUAGUUGGCAGUUAGUGCUCGCCUCACGUAUACUACAGGGCAUCUUUCAAGGUGCUGUAUUUCCGUCAGUGCAUACGAUACUCUCGAAAUGGUCACCGGUUGAUGAACGGGCGCUAAUGAGUUCGUGCACCUAUUCGGGUUGUCAAUUCGGUACAUUUGUUAUGUUGGCUAGUAGCGGAGUGCUUGCUGCAUCGCGUCUCGGUUGGCCUAGCAUUUUCUACAUAUCAGGCACUAUUGGUCUACUAUGGGCAGUCAUCUUCAAAUUUUUUGCUUGUGGUUCACCGAAAGAAUGUCGGCGUCUAUCCGAACGAGAGCACGAACUCAUCUUUUCGCAUUGGGGCAAUUCAGAAUUGCAGGUGCGUCGGAACUCGAUGCAUCCACCGUGGACAUCUUUCUUUAAAUCGUGCCCAUUUUGGGCACUCACAACUGUACAUUGCACUAACAAUUGGGGCCUAUGGACACUGUUAACCUAUAUGCCAGUCUAUGUAAAAAAUAUUUUACAUAUGGACAUUGAAAAGAAUGCGCUCUCAUCGGCGCUACCUUACUUUGCAAUGUGGAUAUUGAGUUUCGUAUUUACGGCAUUGUCAUUGUGGCUCAAUCAACGUAAAUGUAUGUCUUUGGAAACCAGCAGAAAGCUUUUCAACACCAUCGGUCAUGGCACACCGGCUGUGACGCUGAUUGCACUUGGCUACAUGGAUGCGGAUCAUGUGAUAGCUGCUGUCGCUCUACUAACCGUCACAGUUGGUAUUAGUUCGGCUUCAUAUCUGGGCUAUCAGAUUAAUCACAUUGACUUAUCGCCAAAUUUUGCCGGUAUCCUGAUGGGCAUCUCGAAUUGCUUGGCCAAUAUAACGGGCAUUGUGGCGCCGCUAACUGUGGCACUGAUAGUCACUAAUGAGAAAUCCGUUGAACAGUGGCGUAUAAUAUUCUUUUUAGCAUCUUUUUUAUAUCUACUGGGCAAUACAGUGUUUCUGAUCUUUGCUAAUUUCGAGGUACAGCCGUGGAAUGAUCCCACAGAUUAACAAUACUCGUUUAUAUAUGUAUGUAUGUAUGUAUAAACUUAUAUUUAUGCAAUAUGGAUUUGCAGGCAAAUUUGUAUACCUAAAUUAAUAUAAAAUAAUUUUGUAUACUAAUUACAUUUUAAGCAUUUCAAUUAGGUGUAAAUAAUCGCUUCUGUGUAAAUUAAUGUCUAUUGUUGU